AUGCCUACAGAUCUCCCUUACGCAGCAGACGCAGAAGUCUCUUUAUCUUACGAUGAGCUCGAGGUACUACGACUACAGUAUCAGAAAGAACUAGUUCAAUCCCAUGUCACCAUUCAGACCCAGUUCAACUAUGCCUGGGGCCUUGUCAAAAGCCCACUGAGAGACCAUCAAGUAGAGGGUGUGCGGCUUUUACAAGAAAUCUACCGAGCCGAGCCCACGCGAAGAAGAGAAUGUCUGUACUACCUGGCACUUGGUCAUUACAAGAUGGGAAAUUUCGACGAAGCAAAGAAAUUCAAUGGUCUGUUAAUCGAGAAGGAACCAACCAAUUUACAAGCUCAAAGUCUAGGAUCACUCAUAGACAAAGAUGUUGCUCGAGAUGGCUAUAUAGGUAUGGCGCUUGCUGGGGGUAUAGCAGCGCUUGGUACCCUCCUUGUCGCGGGUUUUAUACGGCGAGCAACACGCAAAUAG